AGCUGUCAUGUCUCUUUCUACUGGCUUCCAACUUAGCUUGAACUUCUUACAGACAAGGAAUGUCCUGAGGAAGCUCACAGGCAACUGUUGCAUCCUCCUGUUCUUACUAUGUUUUCUUGCUGACCAGGAAAGUGGUGGAAAGGCUCUGGCUUCAUCCCCCGCAACACGGAACAAAACUGGUGUGACUUUCGUCCCAGAAACAGCAUUUAAAUCGCUGGUUGUGUCACCAGACAAGAAGACUGUAACAAAUGGGGGUGUCUCCCAUGUUGUGCCAGACAACCCAGAGAGAUUCAGUAGGAGUCCCUGUGUGCUGGGAUCUCCUGGAUUCCGAUCAGGGAAACAUUACUGGGAAGUGGAGUAUGGAACGCAGAGGGAAUGGGCUGUUGGGGUGGCUGGGAAGUCUGUGGAGAGAAAGAAAUAUCUCACACUUGUCCCUGAAGAACGGAUUUGGCAAGUCGGUCUCUGGUGGCUUAGGCGACUGGAAACUGAUGCUAACAAGCCCCCCAAAAGCUCUGGAAUCAUUUCCAUAUUUGUGGAUUAUGAUAGGGAAAGAGUGGUUUUUGACAUGGAUGGCAAAAUCACUACUUUCAACACCAGUUUCAAUGGGGAGGAAAUUUUACCCCUUUUCUAUGCAGGGGGAACUGUUUCACUCAAGAUUGUUUGAGAAGUUACAAUUCUUGGUUAAAACAAGGACCUCUCUCUAGACACUCUGCAA